AUGGAGCGGCCGAUCCAUAGGGUGCGGGGCCGCCGCUGCCCGCAGGAGCCGCCGCCGCCUAUUGUUCAUGCGCCUCCGCAGAGCUGGGAGGACCCCCCCCCACGACGGCGGCCGCAGGUAGGGCCCGGGCUGGCGGGGCUGGGAGAGCUGGGUCGCCGGCGCUGUUACCGCGCCCUGCGGACCCAAGGGGGCCCCGCCCCACGCCCGCCCCGCCCCGCCCCGCGCCCGCCGCCUUCCCAUUGGCUGUGGCCGCCCAGUCCCCGGUUCCUCCGCCGUAGUUGGGGUAGCCUAGCUGGCAGCCUCGCAGGUUCCUCUUACCCACUGCGCCGCCGUCGCAUCGUGCCCUCCCCCUUUGUGGGCUCGCUGGUUCUCAAACCCAGGUGGACCCACUCCUCCCGCCCACUGGCCCGCCGCAGCUCCCACCAUUGGCCCGCGGCACUUGUCCGUUUCCUGGGGAGAGUUCAGCUCCUCCCGGCAGGAAGAGGCGCUGGCCUCAUUGGGUGCGUUAGGAGGGAAGGGUGGAUCCUAAAAGGAAAACCUCAGUUCAGAAAAGCAAUAAACUAUGGGGGGCUGUUUAGAAUGUUGCAUCUCUGGAGAGCAAGUUGCAUUUUAACAGUGAUCAGAGCCUUUAAUUAAGGCAUGAAGGUCAAAUCAUUUCUGCUUCAUCCAGCCUGGUUGCAGAGUGAGCCCAUGGGACAUCCCUCUGAAAUUAUACUGCUUACAACCAUGCUGAGUCUGCAAGGACUUCAUCCAAGCCUUUCCGUCCAGGACCUCAAACAGCUCUAAUCACAAGAAGAGAGAUUUCAGGAAAGAGAAAAUUAUUCCUAUCAUUGAUGUUUUUGAAGAACAUGGAAUGACUGGGAAAAUAAUCUUGUUAAGUAGAAAAAGAAAUCUGUUGUAAUUUUCAAAUAAUUUUUAAAUAAAUUUGAAAAAUUAAGAGAA